AAGACUCUGAGGCUCCCUCUCUGCUCCAAUAGACAGGAGGGACUUAGGGCUGGAUAAUCGUCAAAUUCUUACCUCGCCCUUUCACUGCGAGGGGGAUCAGAUUGCAUUUCUUUCUGUAUUCUCUGCUUCCCAGUUUCUUGAUCUGUUUAAAGGAAGUAGAGAAAAUAAAUCCUCUCUUUAGUACCUCGAAGGAAAACAACCUCAACGCCGCUUUGAAAAAAACAAUCUUUCCAAGAACUUUCUUCAGAGAUUUUACUCAGUUGAUUUAUACCAUGAAGAAAGAACAUGUUUUUUGGGCUUCUCUGCUGCUCAGUCUUGCCCCUGCCCCUCUUAGAGCUGAUCCUGAGGAAGGUGAAGAACAUGCGAAUCUCACAGAUAUCAAGUUGCCACCACUGAAACCUAUGCAUUCAUUUUGUGCAUUGAAGGCAGAUGAUGGCCCGUGCAAAGCAAUGAUGAAGAGAUUUUUCUUCAAUAUUUUCACUCAACAGUGUGAAGAAUUUGUAUACGGGGGAUGUGAAGGAAAUCAGAAUCGAUUUGACAGUCUGGAAGAGUGCAAAAAAACAUGUGUAAGAGAUUAUCUAAAGAAGAUUACAAAGACAACAUUGAUCAAAGAAAAGCCAGAUUUCUGCUUUUUGGAGGAAGAUGCUGGAAUUUGUCGAGGUUACAUUACCAGGUAUUUUUAUAAUAAUCAGUCAAAACAAUGUGAACGUUUCAAGUACGGCGGAUGCCUGGGCAACCAAAACAACUUUGAAACAUUGGAAGAAUGCAAGAAUACCUGUGAGGUGAAUGAUUUCCAGGUAGAUGAUUAUAGAACCCAGGUUAAUACUGUACAUAACAACUCCUUGACUCCUCAACCAACCAGCUUAUUUGUUACAAAAGAAGGAACAAAUGAUGGUUGGAAGAAUGCUGAUCACAUGUACCAAGUCUUUCUGCACGCCCUCUGCAUUCACGCAUCCAUGUUCUUUUUAGGGUUGGAUAGCAUUUUAUGCACAUGUUAACAUUUGUGCUUUGGAGAUAGCCUUAAUGUUUAUAUGUCUAUGUAUUGCAUUCAACAGCGUGACGUUAAUAAAGUUUCAAUAUUUACAUGUAUAUUUAAUAUAGUCUCACUACAUCUCACUCUUAAAUGUUUAACUACCAAAGAAAGACUAAUGUUCUCAGUGUUUUUAAACAUUGUCCGGCUGGAAGAGGUGUUACGCUCAGAAAAGACUUAAGUGACAACCAAACAGCAUCGCGAAUACAGUCCAUUUCCAGAUCUGCAAGAGAAUGGUGUCACCUAUUUGGCCUCUUUUUUGAGAUGAUUACAUGCAGAGGAAUAUUGCAACUAUGGAAAUGUGAAAAGAAAAUGUCCCCGAUCAACUAAAGAGUUCACAUUCUGCUUCAGACCAUAGUGAAUCACAAGUACUGUGGACAAUUCUAAAAUACCUCACUUCAUCCAUAUUCCACUUCCAUAGUUCUAAAAAUGUAUCUUGCCUUUCAUCAUGUGGUCUCAGACCAAGAGGCACAAAAACAUCCCCUGUAAUCUAAAUAUGCCUGCCUAGUACAUCUGGAGCAUCCUCAGCUGAUUUCCUCACAAGCUGGCUUUCCAAAUAUAGAUAAGAGCUUUUGGAGAGCAUCCAUCAAGCCUUCUACUUCCUGACAGGAGUGCUGCUGAGGAACAAAAAUGUGGCGCUUCACCUCUGCCAAAACUGCUGCCAUCCAAACGCAGUCACCCUAGCCGACCACUGCCUACCUUCCUAAUCCUGUUCUUCCUGGACCAGUUCUAGUCUUAACAAAGAUCAUUUUUUUCCUUGGUUAUUAAGAGUCCUCCAGAGAAAUAUUUCUCCAACUUGAAUAACACACAGAUGCUGGGGUUUGUUGUUGUUUGUUUUAUUUUCG